UGCAGGGCGCGCGCAGGUGUCGUCACUUUGUGCCGGACUCCGCUGAGGGAGCUGUCGCGCACUGACGGCGUCGCCAUGGAGCCGAGGGCGGGUGUUUCCAAACAGGACAUUCGUGAGCAGAUUUGGGGCUACAUGGAGUCACGCAAUUUAGCUGAUUUUCCCCGGCCUGUUCAUCACAGGAUUCCCAACUUCAAGGGUGCUUCUCGGGCCGCUGAGCAUUUCCCACGUUUGCAGGCGUUCAAAAUGGCCAGAACCAUUAAAGUCAACCCUGACGCACCCCAGAAAAAUGCCCGCUUCUUCGUCCUCGACAGCAAAAAAACGUUGUUGGUUCCAACACCACGACUGAGAACGGGGUUGUUUAAUAAGAUCACACCACCCCCCGGGGCAACUAAAGACGUCUUGAGAAAAUGUGCCACCUCUCAGGGCGUGAGGAACUACAGCACUCCCGUGGGCUUGGAUUCCAGGGUCCUUGUGGACUUAGUGGUGGUGGGGUCCGUGGCUGUUUCUGAAAAAGGCUGGAGAAUUGGGAAGGGAGAAGGCUAUGCCGACCUUGAAUACGCCAUGAUGGUGUCGAUGGGAGCGGUCAGCCAGGGGACGCCGGUGGUCACCAUCGUCCACGACUGCCAGGUUGUCGACAUACCUGAGACACUCCUUGAGGAUCACGACCUCACCGUGGACUAUAUUCUCACUCCAACUCGAGUCGUCACCACGGGGUGUGCGCGCCCCAAGCCAGCAGGAAUCGUGUGGUCCAAGAUCAGCUGUGAGAUGAUGGGGAAAAUGCCAGUCCUCAGAAGCCUGCGCUGCCGAGAGGAGCAGGCCGGGAAGGACGUCACCCUUCGGGAUAAACACCGGAGCCUUCCGGGUGCCCGGGCCGCCCUGAGCACCGUCAGAAGCCCGCGGGAGCUGCCCUCGCUGGAAUCGGGCUCCGUGCCGGGGGAGGAUGUGCCUUCCAGCACUGUUUAUGUUGGGAACCUCCCCCGGGACGCCCGGGUGAGUGAGCUGAAGCGAGCCCUCAGCGCACGGGGCGCGGCUCCCUCACGGCUCACUUGGCAGGGGCCGCAGCGCGGGGCCUUCCUCCACUACCGGGACCCGGCCGAGGCCUGGCAGGCCAUCUCCCGCUUACAGGGCUUCUGUCUGGGCGCCAACACAGCGAGGGUGGCGCUGGCCAGGCAGCAGGGGGCCAGUGGCCCGGCGGGCGGCCGCGCUGGAGAGCCGCACCCUGACCCGUGACAACAUCCCACUCCGGCCCGCGGCGAACUUCAGAGCCCAGCACAGCGGGAUGUGGUGGAGCUUUGCUGCACGAGCUGCUUUGAGUUC